AUGCAAAUAGCCAAGAACAAACCUGCAUGUGAAAGAUGUACCUCGAGAGGUGUUGAAUGCAUCUAUAGAGAACCUAAGAAAAUCUUGAAAAGUAAGGAACAUUCACCAACAUCAACAAGCAAGAGAAAGAGGGAUGCAUCAUCUGACCAUCAAGUGGAUGAUAAUCAUCCCUCACCCAAGCAUGUGGUGGUCAAUUUGGAAGAAGCACAUGUCAAUACAACAACCAUUGAACAUUAUGCACCAUGGUACUUUUCCAUGCCUCUUCCUCUCAACUUUUUUGUUACGAGUGUGACUAGGAGGGAAAACAUGCAUUUAAAUAGAGAUUUAUUUGAACAGUACUUUGGAAAAUAUCAAGCAUGCGAAUCACCAGAAAGUUACAUGCUGGAAAGGAAUGCCUUUUAUUGGAGUGUGCAAGCUCUGUUAUAUCAAUCAUGUGGAAAGUUGAAUUUGGCUGAGGAAUGUGGUAUGAAAUCGAGAAAUUUAAUUUCAAAAAGUUUCAAUCCAAGUUGUAUUAUAGUUUCGUAUACAUAUCUAAAUUUAGGACUCUUCGAAACGGGAAGAGGAAAUGUAGAAAUUUCAAAUUUUGAUUUGCACUGUUGCAAAUUUGGAAUGCAAGCCAACAUUUCAAAUGGAGAGUUGAAGAAUGAGAAUUUGGCAAGGACUGUUUCAUUUGUUGAGCAAUUUUCUUUGGGUGAGAUGGAUGUGUUGCGCCUUGCAAGUCGACUACCUUUCAUCUUUGAGUUUAUUUGUGGAAAUGCAUUAGCAUCUCAAUUGGUGAAUUUAUUGCAACAAAAUAUUACAAAAGAAAAUUGUCAUGAUAUUGUCAGUACAGGAUCAGACAUUGUAAAAUUGUGUAUUUCUAACAUUCGAGCCAGAAUAACCAAAGAUUCCAACAAUGAUGAAAACUCUUCACAAAAUGGAUUUGAAUUCACUCAAACAUUAUUAAUUGAAGGAUUGAAAAUGGGAGUUUUUAUUUCUUCCCUUAGUAGAACUGACCUCAUAGAAGAAUGUAGCUUGAAAAUAACCUAUCUGUGUGAAAGUGAUGCUUUCAAUCAUUGUAGCUUGUUCAUGAUUCCAUUCAUUGUAAUGGCCACACGUGUUAACUUGCAAGUGGUGAAAUCCAUCUCCAAUGGUUCAAGAAUUAAUGCUCCCAUAGGAGUGGGCGAGCUUGGAAAUCUGCAACCAAUAGAUUAUUAUGGAAUUCUGCGAAGAAAUCAAAGAGCUCUCCACUCUUUAAACUCUCGAUUUUCAAUCGUUUCGAUUGUUCAUGGAAAAUUGAUGGCAUCAAUAGGUGAAAUACUUGCAAACAAAUAA